AUGUUCAGCACUGGCUUCAAAGCAGAUCGCCUUCGGGUCAACUUGCAAUUGGUUGCCAGCCGCCUAAAACUCCUGGAAAAAAAGAAAAUGGAGCAGGCCCAGAAAGCAAGGAAGGAGAUUGCUGACUAUCUGGCUGCCGGGAAGGAGGAACGCGCUCGGAUCCGAGUGGAGCACAUUAUCCGGGAAGACUACCUCAUGGAGGCCAUGGAGAUCCUGGAGCUGUACUGCGACCUGCUGCUGGCUCGGUUUAGCUUGAUCCAGGCCACCAAGGAACUGGAUUCUGGUCUGGCUGAAUCUGUAUCUACUCUGAUUUGGGCUGCUCCUCGACUCCAGUCAGAAGUGCCAGAGCUGAAAAUAGUAUCUAACCAACUGUGUGCAAAGUAUAGUCAAGAAUAUGGUCAAUUGUGUCGAACCAGUGAGAUUGGAACUGUCAACUCUCAGCUAAUGUGUAAAUUAAAUGUGGACACUCUACCCCAUGUCCUAGUGGAAAAAUAUCUGACAGAGAUUGCUAAGAACUAUAAUGUGCCGUAUAAACCCCCCGUUACGUGCUUAACUUCUGCUGACUACCAGACGGCCCUUUUUGUCAGCAAAGAAAUAGGAUGA